AGUUGAUAGCUGCCACUAUAUACUCGAAAUGGUAUAUUACCUAAUCACACCAAAUUCAAUCAUCAUGCAUUAGAUGAUCAUUAGAUUUAUACGUGUUGAGAAAAGUAGUUGUGAUGAAAUACUUGUGGCUGAAAAUGGGAAUUCCAUUCGGAAGUGUGAUAUGCCUGGCAGCCGCUUUAUUGCCGAUGGUGCAUAGUGCAAAUAUUGUGUUUUUCUUUGGAGUUUCAUCUUAUAGUCAUCGGGUUGCAGUAUGGCCGCUAGCUGAAGCCUUAGCAGAAAACGGUCAUAAUGUCUCAUUCAUUUCACCAUAUCCUGCCAAAAAUCCAAAUCCUAAGAUUUUCGAUUACGUUCCCAAUGCUUUGAAAACAUGGCUCGAUGGAAUAGGUGAUGCAAUCAAUGUAUUCGAAGAUCGUAAGACAAUGUCGCCAUUAAUGGGUAACAUGAUGCUGCCAAUAUAUGGUAAAAUGAUGUGUGAAGAAAUCUAUAAAGAUGAAGAGUAUAUCCAGUGGGUUAAACGUACUAAAGUUGAUGUUGUCAUGCUUGAUGCGUUGGCAAACGAUUGUGGCUAUGGAAUGGCGUUUUAUUGGGAUGCGAAAGUGAUUUUAAUGUCUACAAGUGCACCGUUCGGACAUUUCUCAGAGGUUUAUGGUCUUCCAGACGAAACCAGUUGGAUUCCGGGCAUGGAAAUAGGCAUUGGUAACGAAAUGUCAUUCUCACAGAGAACCUUUAACGCAGUGCUUCCGCUGUUUUGGUAUUAUUAUCGUACCUGGUUCUUCUUUCCAAAACUGUAUGAAUUAACGAAAGAUAACCUCGGAAUAACGGACCUACCAAACUUUGAGGAAUUGGAACGGAGUACCAGUCUUGUAUUCAUAAAUACUCAUUAUGGAGAAGAAUAUGCGAGAUCACUUCCGCCGAAUGUAGUUUCUGUCGGUGGACUUGGAUACACUGGCAAAACAAAGCCACUUCCUGAAGACAUCGAAUCGUUUUUGGAAAAAGGCGAAGACUUUAUUUACAUGAGCUUCGGAACGCACGCUGAAUUCAACAAAUUCGAUCCUCCCAUUCGGCAAGCUUUCAUUGGAGCAAUGAGAAAAUUGUCACACAUACAAUUUGUAUGGAAAACCGAUAAUGUGUCGCUGGUCGAAGAGUUUCCGAACAAUAAUGUGUACAUACGCAAGUGGAUGCCGCAACAAGACAUUCUUGCUCAUCCGAAAAUUCGAGCUUUUAUCACUCAUGCAGGCCUAUUAGGCAUUCAAGAAGCUGUCUAUAAUUCGGUUCCGCUCAUCAGCUUUCCAAUUUUUGCCGAACAAGAUGCUAACGCUGAGCGAAUACAAAGCAGAGAGUAUGGAAUCAGACUCGAAAUCACAACUGUUACCCAACCGGAAAUAGAGGAGGCAAUACAAAAUAUUCUAACUGAUCCGAAGUAUCUGAAUAACAUGAAAAGAGUAUCGAGAAUGUUCAUCGAUCGUCCGCAAAAACCAUUGGAAACUGCACUGUGGUGGACCGAUUUUGUUAUACGUCAUAGCAAAGAGGAUUUGUCGGUACUUCGACCUUUAAGUGUAGACCAAUCAAAGUGGAAAAGAAGACAACUCGAUGUAUGGCUGACAAUACUUGCGGGUGUUCUGAUCUCUCUGUUUGUAAGCAUUUACUUAAUUCGCGUGUUAGUUAAGUGUGCUUAUCGUGUAAAUACGUCAUCAAGCAAAACAUCGAAGAGUUCAACUCGAAAGCAGAAAGUUAAAUGAAGAUUUGUGAGUCUUUGGAUGUCGUCUUUAGAAUAUCGUAGGCUAUCUCAAUUACGAAAGAAAGGACCACUUGACUUAACUAUCAAUCGAUUUUUAUUUAAAUUUUUAUUUUAUUAGGUGUAACAUUCAAUAAAGUAAUUAUGAAUAAUUUGUAAUUUAAUUUAGCUUUUCAUCAAAACUUUUUUUUUUUAUUAUCGCUUAACGCGUCACUACAUUUGCCUACAACACAGCUAACGUUUUCUUUUUUGAUUAUUAUUGAGGAAAAUCAAAUGUUUAUUGCCAUUCUAAAAUAAAUAAGUUGUU